GUUUUGAUUGUUUUUUUUUUUUUCCUCCCCAAGUUUUCCUUUGGAACGUGUGUUUGUCUUAUUUUGGCAGUUUUACGAGCAGACCAGCGUGUUCCUUCGGCUGUUUUAUUUUGAAAACGCUUACCGGAAGCUAUGCGUCGUCAUCUUUGACUGACUUUGACAGUCUGGACUGCGGUUCGCAGCCUUUCUCCGGCGAGGCGGCUGUCAUCGUGCAGGUGGAAUGUGCGCAGUUUAGCCGCUGGUAGGAGGCUUGCAGCCGGGAACACCCGGAGUCACACGCUUCGAUGAGCGCUCGUUGUCGUGUCGGAUGCUGACACUUUGUUUUUGUCGGCUGGCGCAGUCCGCCUCAGCUCAGCUGGGCUCGCAUGUGAUGCCCCACAGUACUGCGGAAAGUCACUCUCCAGACAAUUUCGCGCAGUAACAGUUUUUUUUUUUUUUUUUGUUCAUCAGCGCUCCCCGGCCAUGAUGGAUGAAGGAACUUCUUGUGAGAACACUCCGGAGUUGAGAGACGUAGAGGCGAAAAUCGGCCGGAAGACCCCCGAGGGUUUGCUCAGGUGGAUGCGGGAAGAGGCAUCCUCUCUCCGGGGAGAAGACAAACUGGCCCCCGCCGCGCAGGAAAUCGCGAAGGGCACUGGAAAGAAGAGCCUGGAUGAAAAGAUAAGAAAACUGAAGACUGAGAUGGCACACUUGCGCUCGGUGGACAUUAAGAUCCUACAGCAGCUGCUGGCUGUCCACGAGGGCAUCGAGGCCGUCAAAUGGUUGCUGGAGGAGCGCAGCACACUGACAAGCCGAUGCAGCAGCCUGACCAGCAGCCAGUACAGCCUGGGCGAGGGCCCCGACACCUCCUGGAGAGGCUCCUGGAGCAGCCUUCAUGACCCCAACGACAAGAUGGACAACAUUUCCAUCGGCAGUUACCUGGACACGCUGGCAGAUGAUAUGGAUGAAUACUGCCCCUCGAGCUCAGAGUCGGUCAUCUGCUCUUCCAGGCCACAGGUCUCAGAGGCUACUGCUGGGGGCCGGACAGCGGAAGUUUCCGCAACCAUGGUCUCUGCUUGUGCUACUGGGGAGAGGCCAGGGGCUAAUACAGGGAUUGGGAAUGGAGUUGCCAUAGACAUUCGGUCGAGAUCAAAUGAGAAUGGAACUAGAAAAGUUGUUAUCAGCGAUGUCAAUGGGAAUGGGAUAGUCGGAAGUGAAAAUGGAAAGCAGUCGGUUCCUAGCAACAUUCCUGAAGCUCGGCCCGAUGCAUUAGUUUGCACCAAGGUGGCAGAGGCAGCCCUGGUUUCUUUGAACAACGCCCAGACCCAGACCAUCAAGGCCAACGGGAACCGAGAGAAGACAAUCACACCAACAGGCAGCCACGCUCGGAUCGGUCUCAGUGAAAAACUGGGCAUGAAACAGAGCCCCAAACGUAAACCUUACAAAAAUGGAAAGGUUGACUUGGAUACUUGCAAGCUAAAUGGCAAAAUGCAUCUGGAGUAUGAUGCUCACUGGCGCUGGGUGCAGUCACAAGAAGAUGUGACGUUUUUGUGAAACUACUGACCAGUUUACUUCUGAUGAUGUCUAGAAAUGGCCAGUGGGUUGCUAGAAGACUGACUGCAAAGGAAAAACGUGGACACUUUGGUGUCAAUUGGAUCAAUACACACUAAGGGAUUUCGAUGAUUGUCAGUUAAACAGUAUUAAGUUAGUCUACUACAACUCUAAAAUCCUGUGCAAAAGUGUUGUGUAAGCAUUCUCUCUUUUAGUUUAUAUUUCCCUUCAAAGCACAGUGAGAUAAUCUACCAGAAAUCUGAAACGUCAACCUAUUUAUAAACAUAAAUAUUGUGAUUUUAUCUCUGACUGUCUUCAUUCGUACAACUUCUUAAUUAGUGGCACAACAACAAUUUCUCACCUUUGGGAUCACGCUGGCUAUAUUCUUUGGAUAUAGUUUCCCCUUCUUUUAAGACCACUGUGAUUUUCUGUAUCAACAGUCCAAACCAUUUCAGUGUGGGAGAAAACCAAAGUUUAGCGCUAUUGGACUACAGUACAUUUGGGUCACCUAAUUAUUGAAGUGUGUAUCCUCGUUUGUACACAGUAUAACUGAAAUAUGACAUCAGUUACAUGCUACUUGCUAAUUAACAAGUGAAACGCAUGCAUUCCACCAAUGUGUUAUGAUCUGUGAGCAUGUUUGUGUCCUGAGCUAAAAGCAGAGGGUGUCCCCCUCGUUCUCUAUACUACGUAUACACAUUAUGCAAUGCGGUGUCUAUGUGGCGCUAAAACCCUCGAGUGCUGAACCUAUCGUCUGCCAUAUGUUGAUGUCACAGUACAGCUACUCUGUACCCGUCACGACUGGUUGUAGGUGCAUUUGGAGUAUGCCUUCUUUUUGAGACCCCAAAUCUUGACCUUACGACUUCUUUAUCGCAAGCAGAUUUGUGCCUGAUUGGUGAAAACUAAAUAUACUGUAUAUGCUUGGCCUGCUCUUUCCCUCUUGAGAUGGAUGCACUGUUGCUAUGAUAGUAUCGGGUUAUCAAUGUAUUUUUGCCUGCUCCUACCUUCUGCUUAAGUGUAUAAAUGGCUAGACUAUCAA